GCGAAGGAACAGAAAAAAGAAAAAAAAAAAAAAAAAAGGAAAGAAGAAGAAGAAGAAGAAGAAGAAGAAAGUAAUGGCGUCGCUGGGCAUCGGUAUCGGAGCGGCGCCGAUGAUGGGCGGGCGGGUGCUGGCGGCUACGGCGGCGACGAAGAGCGCAGGGGGCGGCAAAGAGGAGAAGGGGCUGCUGGACUGGAUUCUGGGGGGCCUCCAGAAGGAAGACCAGCUCCUCGAGACCGACCCCAUCCUCAAAAAGGUCGACGACAAGAACGCCGGAAACGGCAGGAAGUCCACCACCUCCGUCUCCGUUCCCAACAAGAAGAAGCCCGGCGGCGGCGGUACCGGCGCCUUUGGAGGCCUCUUUGCCAAGAAAUAAAUUUAGUACGAGUUUUUACUGCUUCUUUGGGAGGUUAAAAGAAAAAAAAAAAAAGAAAAAGAAAACAAAACAGAUAGAGAGAGAGAGAGAGCGCGUGCGUGGAAAAAAGAGACGAGCACCGAAUGAAUUAGCCUCUCUCUAUUCCUCAGCUUUGCUCUAAAUUUUAUUUUUAGUAGUUAUUAUGAAACACUGUAUUGAUUCUGUCCCAACGAAUGUAAGAUUUUUCCGAAAUUUUCUUCAUGUUAUGAUUAUGCUAAGGAGUUGCACGAA